UGCUCAUCGCUACAUUCCUGAGCUUGCUCGACCCUCGAACCUGCAAACACGCCUUCCGGCUGCUGGGAGCCCCUCUGUGCAUGAGUUUACCGACCAUAUAAUACCCGCGACCACUACAGCUUUCUUUUAAUAUCUCUCCCUCUCUGUCCACCAUGGCGCCCAACGAUGAUGUUGAGCGGCCUCGCGCCAGCUCUGCCGCCGAGCGGCAGAAGUCCAUUGUCAGCAUGACCGAGUUUGAGGGCAUGGACGAGUACACGGCCCUGCAGAAGUACAUUCUCUUCUACCGCGACAACAGGACGAACCCGCACGCCGAAAAGGCCACCAAGAAGAAGGCCUGGUGGCAGUUUUGGAAGUCUGGCUCUGCGACGGCUGCCGCGCCCAUCGAGGACCCCGGUGCGGUUCCCGACGAGCUCCUCAACACCCAGCUCCGCAACGGUCUCACUGCGCACGAUGUCGACACGCGCAGGAAGCGCUAUGGUCUCAACGAAAUCUCGAGCGAGAAGACCAAUCUCCUCAAGCAGUUCCUCGGUUACUUCACUGGUCCCAUUCUUUACGUCAUGGAGCUUGCUGCCCUGCUCGCUGCCGGUCUCCAGGAUUGGGUUGAUUUCGGUGUCAUUUGCGGUAUCCUGCUCCUCAACGCCAUCGUCGGUUGGUACCAGGAGAAGCAGGCUGCCGAUGUCGUCGCCAGUCUCAAGGGUGACAUCGCCAUGAAGGCGACUGUCGUCCGUGACAACCAGCAACAAACCAUCCUCGCCCGCGAGCUUGUUCCCGGUGAUAUCGUCGUUGUCGAGGAAGGUCUGACCGUCCCCGGUGAUGUCCGUCUCAUCUGCGGCUAUGACCACCCGGAAGAUUUCGAACUCUACAUGAAGCUCAAGGAAGAGGACAAGUUCCAUGACGGUGACCCAGAGGACGAGAAGGAUGAUGAUGCCGAUGAGGAGAAGUUCGACGAGGAGAACCCCAUUACCCAGGGCCACCCUCUCGUUGCUUGCGAUCAGUCGUCCAUCACCGGAGAGUCUCUCGCCGUCGACAAGUACAUGGGCGAGAUUGCCUACUACACCACUGGCUGCAAGCGCGGCAAGGCUUACGGUAUUGUCAUCACCACGGCUAAGCACUCCUUCGUCGGUCGCACUGCCUCCCUUGUGCAGGGUGCCCAGGAUCAGGGUCAUUUCAAGGCCAUCAUGAACUCCAUCGGUACGGCGCUUCUCGUCUUGGUCAUGUUCUUCAUCCUCCUCGCCUGGGUUGGUGGUUUCUUCCGCAACUUGCCCAUCGCCACUCAUCGCGAGGGAACUGACAAGUCCGUCACCCUUCUGCACUACGCCUUGAUCCUGCUCAUUGUCGGUGUCCCCGUCGGUCUUCCCGUCGUCACCACCACCACGCUCGCCGUCGGUGCUGCCUACCUCGCUGAGCAAAAGGCUAUCGUCCAGAAGCUCACUGCCAUCGAGUCCCUCGCUGGUGUCGACGUUCUCUGCUCUGAUAAGACUGGUACCCUCACCGCCAACCAACUGUCCCUCCGUGAGCCCUACGUCGCUGAGGGCCAGGAUGUCAACUGGAUGAUGGCUGUCGCUGCUCUUGCCUCCUCGCAUAACCUCAAGUCGCUCGAUCCCAUUGACAAGGUCACCAUUCUGACGAUCCGCCGUUACCCCAAGGCCCGAGAGAUCCUUAACAUGGGCUGGAGGACUGAGAAGUUCACCCCCUUCGACCCCGUCUCCAAGCGCAUUACCGCCGUCUGCCACAUGGGUGGUGACAAGUACGUCUGUGCCAAGGGUGCCCCCAAGGCCAUUGUCAACCUUGCCAACUGCGAUGAGAUCACCGCUACCCUCUACAAGGAGAAGGCCGCCGAGUUCGCUCGCCGUGGUUUCCGUUCCCUUGGUGUCGCUUACCAGAAGAAUGACGGUGAUUGGAUCCUUCUCGGUCUCCUCUCCAUGUUCGACCCCCCUCGUGAGGAUACCGCCCAGACCAUCGUCGAGGCCCAGCAGCUCGGUGUUCCCGUCAAGAUGUUGACUGGUGACGCUAUCGCCAUUGCCAAGGAGACUUGCAAGAUGCUUGCCCUCGGAACCAAGGUCUACAACUCUACCAAGCUCAUCCACGGCGGCCUUACCGGUACCACCCAGCACGACCUCGUCGAGCGCGCGGACGGUUUCGCCGAAGUCUUCCCCGAACACAAAUACCAGGUCGUCGAGAUGCUGCAACAGCGUGGUCAUUUGACUGCUAUGACUGGAGACGGUGUCAACGACGCCCCUUCGCUCAAGAAGUCUGACUGUGGUAUCGCUGUCGAGGGCUCCACUGAGGCUGCCCAGGCUGCCGCUGAUAUUGUCUUCCUCGCCCCUGGUCUGUCCACGAUCGUCUUGGCCAUCAAGACUGCUCGCCAGAUUUUCCAGCGUAUGAAGGCCUAUAUCCAGUACCGUAUCGCUCUCUGCUUGCAUUUGGAGGUCUACCUCGUCACAUCCAUGAUCAUCCUCAACGAGACCAUCCGUGCCGAGCUCAUUGUCUUCCUUGCCCUCUUUGCCGAUCUGGCCACCGUCGCUGUUGCCUACGAUAACGCCCACUCUGAGCAGCGCCCUGUCGAGUGGCAACUGCCCAAGAUCUGGUUCAUCUCCGUCAUCCUCGGAUUGCUCCUUGCUCUCGGUACCUGGGUCAUUCGUGGCACUCUCUUCCUCCCCAACGGUGGUGUCAUCCAGAACUUUGGUGCUAUCCAGCCCAUUCUGUUCCUCGAGGUUGCGCUCACUGAGAACUGGCUCAUCUUCGUCACCCGUGGCGGCAAGACGUUCCCGUCCUUCCAGCUCAUCGUUGCUAUUCUCGGUGUUGACGCUCUUGCCACCAUCUUCACCCUCUUCGGAUGGAUGUCCGGCGAGCCAUACCAGACCAACCCCCCUACCCAUGGUAACUUCCGUGAUGACGGAUGGGUUGACAUUGUCACUGUUGUCGUCAUCUGGGCCUACUCGAUUGGUGUGACUAUCAUCAUCGCCAUUGUCUACUUCCUGCUCAACCGCAUCUCGUGGCUCGACCAGCUCGGCCGCAAGGAUCGUAACCGCAAGAACCCUGCGAUUGAGAACAUGAUCGCAGCUCUCAGCAAGCUCUCCCUCGAGCACGGCACGGACAAGACUGGCACUACCCGCUAUGUCCUUGCACCGCGCGCGAUUGAGGAGGAGGAUGACGAUUAAAUGUCGAAUGCAUAAGAGAGUUAUGAUAGCGAUGUGUAGUUGGAUAUGUAUGGGUGUGAUUAACCCACCUUCUGCGAAAGGAUAAUUCCUAAUCACCUGUCUUGCUAGUCUUCUCAUGUAUACCAUGCAGCAUAAAUUUCCUAGUCUUGUAAUUGAUAUCCGUUGAGAUGAACAAUUUCUCUUCUGUGCCCUGAAUGCUUCAAUUUGCUAUGUGCCUAUCUAUCGCCAAUGCUCAAGUCCUUCUGCUUGCGCUUCCCCCUCGGCGGUUGCUCAAUUGAAUUUUCUCAUUACAGCUAACAGCUAUCUCUCUAGCGUCGCCGCGAGGCCCCCCCACCUAGCCAGCCGUAGCUUCGCAGCCUAAUUGAAUGAACUGUCGCAAGAUUGGCACUAGUAUAUAGCGUUCUUCUCGGGGAGAUUCACGGUCUGCUGCUAGAUGCCGUCGCACAUGG